AUGUGUGCUCUUUCUCUUACACGGCCCGAAGCCUCCAACACGACGACCUCAUGUGUCGACGAUGGUGAUGGAUUGACCAUUAGCUUCACCAUCCGGCAAGAUCCCAUGUCCAUCACGUUGGACGGCCCAGCCAUCUUCACCCUGGCCACGUCCCUGAUUCUCUGCCUCCACUUCUUACAGCCCUCAGUCGUGGUUACACUGAUCGGCCUGGCUCCCAUACUCCUCUAUGUACAUAACGACUACCACAACUACCUCAAACUCGGACCUGGUGGCACGCCCGCCACCCCCCAAGGCUACAUCCGCAUCAACUGGUUCCGUCUCUGGGCCCUCCGCGAUCCCUUCGAACCCCUCCAGCCCGAUCCGGCCACCGAACCCUCAGCAGGCAUCCUCAGCCGGAGUUCGCUCCCGUACCGCUGCGGUCCGCGUCCAACCGUAGCCGGCAUCGCGCCCCAGCGGCAGGUCGACCAGCGAGGCCCGCAGGACUGCUACUUGGCACUGCGGCGCAUCCUCGAGAACCACGGAGCCAAGCACAGUGACGGAAUCGCCAUCGGAACGUCGUGCUUUGAGAAGCACGGCUUGGGCCUGUUUGCCCGGUUCCCGUUCAACAAUACAUGUCAAGGCGAGAUAUGUCACGUCCACAAUUCGGAUCACUCGAUGCAUAUGAACCUGCACCCGGAUGAUGUGAAAGAAGUGCUAGCUAAGGGGUGGGGGCAGAGGCACCCUUUGACUUCGCAGGGCUCGGGAUGGAUGAGGAUGCCGGUCCCGCGCAACUUUGUCAUGGUAUAUGCGCCAAGGUCUAUGGAGGAGGUUAAAAUUGUUUGUCGGAUUAUUGAGGCGGCGGGUUGGUGGGUCAUGGCGAAGGAGUAUGAGAUUGUUACUGGGAAUGGAAAAGCGACUGGGGCGUUGUCGUGA